AUGCGCGUGCGGGGACCUCUCACCGCAUUGACGACGGCAGUCACAAUCGCCGACGCCACAAGUAGCUGCGACCCCAGCAAGUGGAUCCCGCCCCGCCAUGGCGUGUACAACACCACGAGCCGCGUGGACCCGACGAAGCUCAACGUCCACCUCAUCGCGCACUCCCACGACGACCCGGGCUGGCUGCGCAACGUGGAUCAGUACUACGUCGAGAAGGUGCAGUACAUCUUGGACACGGCCGUCGAGGAGCUCGUGCGCGACCCGGAGCGCCAGUUCAUGUUCGUCGAGCAGUCGUUCUUCCAGCGCUGGUGGCACGAACAGGGCGCUCCUGUGCGUCGUGUCGUCAAGCGGCUCGUGAAGGAGGGACGGCUGGACCUCACAGUCAACGGAGGCUGGUGCAUGCACGACGAGGCCACGACGCACUACAUUGCCAUGGUGGACCAGACGGCGUACGGCCACCAGCUGCUCAUGGACGAGUUCGGCAUUAGUCCACGCAUUGGGUGGCAGAUCGAUCCAUUCGGCCACUCGGCUACGCAGGGCUCGCUGCUGUCGCAAGGUGUGGGCUUUGACGCGCUUUAUUUCGCCCGCAUUGACUAUGAGGACUACGCCAAACGCAAGAAAGACAAGGAGCUCGAGUUCAUUUGGCGGCCGAGCAAGUCGCGGGGCAAAGCGUCGCAGGUAUUUACGGGAGAGAUCAUUGAUCACUACUGUCCACCUGGUAAGUUUGAUUUCGGCAACAAUGCCAACCAGGUCCAAGACGAUGCAGAGCUCCAUGACUACGACGUUUGUGACGAAGUUGAGCAGUUUGUCAAUAACGCGAAGAUGCGCGGCGACGCGUCCAAGGGCAGCCACGUCUUUGUGCCAAUGGGUUGUGACUUCCAGUACGACAACUCGCGUCGCUGGUUUAAGAACAUGGACAAAAUCAUUCACUACGUCAACCAGGAUGGGCGGGUAAACGUGCUGUACUCGAACUUGUCCUACUACACGGAUCUCAAGCGCGCUGAAGGACUCACGUGGAGCGUCAAAACCGACGACUUUUUCCCGUACGGCUCGGAUCGAGAUGACUACUGGUCGGGCUUCUAUACCAGUCGUCCAUCGUUGAAGCGUUUCGCUCGCGUGGCAAACAUUCUAUUGCAGCAAGUUCGACAGCUGGAUGCAGUCUACCAGAGCCACCACUCGAGUACGCUAGUCGCACUGCAGCGUGCGGUGGGUCUUGUGCAACACCACGAUGCUAUCACCGGAACGGAGAAGCAAGUCGUCACGGACGACUACGCGCUCCGGCUGAAUGAUGGUAUCAUCAAGGCCGAAAAAGAGAUGAACGAAGUGCUAUUCGUGAUUGGUGAGAAGGAGUCGUACCACUUUUGUUUGCAGGCCAACACAAGCGUGUGCGAUGUAUCAACAGGGAACACUGAGUUUGAGGUACUAGUGCACAAUGCACUGGCGCGCAAGACUGUUCAGACAGUGUCGAUUCCAAUCACGCACAAGUCAGCGGAUGUGGCGGUGCUGUCGGGCGACACUAAGGUCCGAACGCAAGGUGUGUUCGUAGCUCUGCCGGUGCAUCCUGAGACACAUGUAGCGCCGUAUUCGCUCGUGUUUAGUGCCGAACUAAAGCCUCUUAGCACAGCACGGUUUUCAGUAAAGCAGAAAAGUGUGGACUACGACAGUAUCGAGAACAAUGUUGCAGAGCGUGACGUGAAGAAUGAAGACGCUGUAGCAGACAGUCUGGACGAUCUCACUACGAGCGACGACGUGGUUGUGUUGGAGAACAACCUCAUGCGAGCCGAGAUCAGCAAAGCGACGGGUUUUAUCACGAAGCUGGCCAACAAGAAGAAGAACAUACAGAUCCCGUUAUCGCUGGAGGUAGCAUACUACCAAGCUUUCCAAGACAGCGGUCCGAAAUCUGGUGCCUACGCAUUCGUUCCCGACUCGAACAAGACGCACCCGGUGACUGGUAAAAAUGGAGCAACAAGCAGCAUGCUACCGGAUGUGACAAUGCUGGAGCUGCAGACGACAAGCCUUGUCAUCGAUGAUGGUCUCAUCAGUGUGCCGCGUGUGGCGUUCAAGAUCGGCAGCUGGGUUACGCUUGAAUACCGCGUGAAUGACGACGACGAGUUCUUGGAGAUCGAGUGGACGGUGGGACCGGUGCCGAUCGGCGACAAGAAGGGCAAAGAGGUGAUCGUGCGUUUUGACACCAGCAACAGCAUUGCAUCUGACAGGACGCUGCACACGGACUCGAACGGCCUCGAGUUCAUGAAGCGCGUGCGUAACCACCGUGACACGUGGAACCUGACUCUGCAUGACGACCGGGAGGCAGUGUCGGCCAACUACUUUCCCAUGACCACGGGCGCAUACAUCAAGGACGACAAGCGGCAGUUGAAUGUGGUGACGGACCGCGCACAAGGAGUGGCAAGUUUGGUGGACGGACAGGUCGAGGUGAUGGUUCACCGUCGCCUGCUUGCGGACGACAAUAAGGGUGCGGGAGAGCACUUGAACGAGACGGAGUCAGUGUACGACGAAGCUACCAAGGCGUACGUGACCAAGGGACUGGUGGUGCGCGGCAACUUGUUCAUCAGCGUGGACUCCGCCGACGAUGGUAUGCGCAGCAUGCGUUCGAAGAUGGAGUCGACUUUUUUCCGUCCGCUGACCGUGUACCGCAAACCCGUUUCGCUUGACGUGGAGGCAAAGGUGCCGUGGUUGACGGUGGGCGAGUUUCCUCCGAACGUGGGCCUGACAACGCUACAGGAGCAGUCGAAACAAUGUGUGAUGGUGCGUCUGUCGCACUUGUACGCAGUAGACGAACACUCGAGUCUUUCGAAGCCUGUGACGGUGGACUUUACCGCAUUGUUCUCGGUCAAGAACUCGGUGGUGUCAGAGGUGACAGAGCUGGUCUUGACUGGCACGAAGGAGCUGUCGCAAGAGAGCAAAGAGCUUAACACGCUGGAGUGGAAGACGACGGACGAAGCAUACGACUGGUCGCCUCGUACGCUGCCUGUAACGGGUACGUCAGUGACACUGCAGGCGAUCGAAGUGCGUGCUUUCCGCGUGUGUUUCGCAAACGGUGCAAACAUGGAUGGGAAUGACGCAGUGAAGAUUCGGAGUCCAGAAGAUGAGUCGUUCGGUGGUACGCUGCAUGAAGUGGCGGACAUUGUUGCCUUGGAAUAG